AUGAGCAGACUAUCCCAGAUAUUUGUGAAUAGUUCUUGUAAUCAGAUGAUAUCACUUUACCAAUUAAAAAUGAGAAAAAUGAAUCCAAACUCUGGAUUUUUACAACCAUAUCGAGUUAUGAAAUCCGCUUCUAUUAUUUCAAAUCUCUCAGAUGUUGAUAUGAGAUUCCUGACUGGAUUUUUGUAUAUCACUACUAGAAGGCAAAUGAAUGAUCAAACAGUUGUUUUCGACGAAACCAUGCCGGAAAACUCGACGGUGGUGUUUUUGAACUCGAAUGUUUCUAUGACGCCGCCACAGUCGAGUACUAUAAUUAACUGGGUUCAACAUGAGAACUCGUCAGUGAAAAUAUAUCCGGGAGUGCCAAAGAAUGGAAGGCCACUGUCUUAUUCACAAAUAUUCGCGAAUCCCGUGUCAACAACAGAUGGAAUGAAAUUCUUCUCCUACGUCGAGGGAUUCUCACUAAGUCUCCCAAUUUUCUACAUGAAAGUGUACAAAGGACUUCAAUUCUCAAUUAAUCCAAGUUAUCGCGACAUCAACGGCACCUCCACCAGCUUCCCCACCACCACAGGGCUUUAUAUGAAACCUUACGACUAUCCCGAUGGCAAAGUGACCAUAGACUUGGCCACGGCGGAUUCAUCCACUACAGGUGAUAGUGAAAGCAUCACGGGUGCAAAUAUGAUCGGCUUCGUCUCUAACGACUCCUCUGUCUCCGUGGACACUUAUCAUACAAAAGGAGGCGGUGGGUACAGUGUCAAACCGAUCAACCAGAUUCUGGGAUGGAGUACUCACUCGUAUGGCGAUAAUAUAACUAUUUCGUCUAAGAAUGCAGCAGACGGGCAAUUUUUUGUUCAAUAUUAUAUUGUUCACAAGAUUUUGAUGAUUACAUGA